UUGAUCACAGUUAUUCUCGAGUAUAUCAAUAUGCAGUUUUUAUAAUGGAGGCAGAUGCAUUCCUGUAUUUAUUUAUUUUCACUCGAGUGGAAUAAAGUGAAUUCGUAACUUCCAAUUUGUGUGUUCGUGUUUAUUUGUGCGAUGUGCAAUUUCAACUGGCAAGUUUUUCCACUGGAUGUUCUCUUAAGAAGAGAACAAAAUGUGGAUGUAAUGAGUGAUUUAAUCGAGUCUUAUCUGGAAGAAAACGAUACCGACAUCAACUACAAAUAUGAGGGUUAUACUUUUCUUCACUACUCUUGCGCUACAGGCAGGCAAGAACUCACAUACAGAAUAAUACAUAGAUAUUCUAGAAUCAUCGAUAUCGAUGCCACAACUCCAUUGGGAGAAACUGCCCUUCAUCUGGCUAUCAACAAAGGUGACCAAUUAAUUGUGGAUAUUCUCCUAGGCGCUGGAGCAAAUCCAAACGCCCCUAGAAAUGUUGAUGGUAAGACAGCUCUUCAUUUAUCAAUUUGCAAGGACUCAUCAGGUAUACUGAGGAGCCUCUUGAAUAUGCCUACAAUCAAUGUGAAUGCAGAAGAUAAUAAAAAGUGUACAGCUCUUCAUGACGCUGUUCGGAUAGAGCAAUGCUUGAAGGUUAAGCUAUUAUUGAAGGCUGGAGCUAAUCCAAACCCUAGAAAAAGUAGAAUAUCUCCAUUGCAUUUAGUAAUGAAACACAAAUAUGAUUCCAUAACGAAUAUCCUCAUAAGAAAAGGAGCCGAUAUAGAUGCUUUGGAUUUUAAUAAAUACACACCUCUACAUUCAGCUGUUCUUGCUGAAAAUGAAACUAUCGUGAGAGCAUUAUUGGAUAAUGGUGCAAGUCCCAAUUUCAACCCAAAUCAGCGAAGAAAAUCAGUCAUUCAUUUAGCAGUCGAAAGAAAUAAUAUAAGGAUAUUCGCCAUGAUCCUAGAAAGAACCGAAAUGAUCGACGUACCAGAUAUGGAUGGCCUUUCUCCUCUCCAGAAGGCUGUCCUUGCAGAAAACGAGGAAAAGGUGCGACUCCUGCUUGCACGCAGAGCCUCUCCUAUCAUACAACAUAAGAAUAAAAUGCUCCUCCAGCAUGCCGUAGAAAAAGGAAACUUCAAUAUUACCAAACUAUUACUAGAGAAUAUGCCAGUUCCAGAGGCCACCAAUUUCAAGUCAGAAGGAGGGGUCACGCCCUUAGAAUCAGCAGUAAGAAGUGAAAGAGGCGACAUAGUGGAUCUUCUGGUGGCAAAUGGAGCCGAUGUGAAUAUCCAAAAUGCAGAUGGAAAUAGUCCGCUUCACAUAGCUUGCCAAAAAGGUUCACUCGAUAUGGUAACACGGCUCUUGACUUGUCCCAAUGUGGAUUUCGAUGCAAGAAAUAAGGCUGGUUAUACACCGCUGAAUUUGGCAUUCGACUCGAAAAAUCUAAUGAAGGUAGAUCGUUUGAUAUUAUCUGGAGCCGAUCCAAAUAUUCCUAAUCCGAAAACCGGACAAACACCCCUCCACGAAGCAGUGAGUUUAGGCUCAUUGGACACCCUUUAUAUGUUAUUGCAAAGAGAUAAUAUUGAUAUAGAAGCCAAAAAUUCACACGGCGAAACACCACUGAAAUAUGCCGUUGAUUUGAAAGCAAAUGAAGCAGUAGCAAUGCUGAUUAAUCAGGGAGCUGAUGUCAAUAUUUUGUGUUAUCUUGGAAAGAAUCUACUUCAUAUAGUAUCGGAAGAAGGUAAUCUUGCAUUGGUUGAUAUUCUUCUUGGUACCAAGAAAAUUCCCAUAGAUGCACCUGAUGAUUACGGUAACACUCCUCUCGGAUAUGCAGUUCAAAACAGCGAUGCUGACCUGGCAAGACUCCUUUUAAUAAAUUCUGCUGAUCCCAAUGUCGCUUCUAAUAAAAUAAAGCCCAUCAGUAUAGCUGUUUUCAAUCAACAAACAAGCAUAGUGAAACUUUUAUUGAAUACAGGAAGAAUAAAGUUUGACGCAGCGUCCACUAUCCUAUUCACAGCAACUGCAAAAAAUAGAGGUGACAUGAUCGAUUUAUUGUUAGAAUAUAAUGAGAAACUUCCAAAAGGGGAAAGAAUUGAUAUAAACUCAAGGAACGAGGAGCAGGAUCAGACAGUUCUUCAUGUGGCUGUAAAGCUGAAAUUUUCAGAAUGUGUGAGAAUUCUACUGAAAUAUAGAGCGAAUGCCAACAUUCGUGAUUACGACAACAAAACUCCACUGCAUUUAUCUCCUGAUGCAACUAUUACGAAGCUGCUUAUCGAAUCUGGUGCACAGAUAAACGUGAAGGAUAUCAAAUUUCGGACGCCUCUCCAUCACGCUGUUAAAACAAGAGACGUGCAGUCGGUUUACCUCCUACUCCAACAUGGAGCAAAUGUUGCUUCAAGCUCUGAGAAUGGGCGGACUCCUUUGAUUUUAGCUGCGAAAGUUAAUGAAACCACCACCAAGGAGGAUAAGAAGGAAAUGCUAGCAAUUCUAGAAGCUUUAUUGAAAGCGAAUCAUUCAUCCAUCAACUCUCCAGACUGCAAAGGCGCAACGCCCCUGUACUAUGCUGUCAAAGGAGAUUUUCCGGAGGCUGUGAAGGCACUUCUGGAACACGGUGCAGAUUCUGCGAAGAUAUUCGAAGAUAAAACUUUGCUCCACAUUGCUGCAGAGAAACAGAGUAGCGAUGUAUUGAAGGAACUCCUCAAAUUCCAACCUCUUCCAAAUAUAAAUUCAUUGGAUAACAAUCAGAGAACACCCCUCAUGAUAUCUAUUGAAAAACAAGAUUUUAAGUCUGUGAGAGAGCUUUUACAUUACGCACCUGACGUCAAUUUACAAGGUAAUGGUGAUACUGCCCUAACUCUUGCUUUGAAAAACAAAAGCAUACCAAUAAUUCUGCUGCUGCUAGGAGUCCCUACAUUAAAUGUGAAUAUAGCAGAUGCAACAACAAGAACUCCCUUGCAUUUAGCUGUGAUUCAAAAUUCUACUACUCUCGUAAAACGACUGAUAGAACUUGGAGCUGAUCCCAACGCAAAGGAAGCGCAGUUCGGAAGGACACCUCUUCAUACGGCUGCACACAAAGAGCGCAUAGAAUUGAUUGAAUUUUUCGUUAGCGUGAAGAAUAUUUUUUUAGAUGCUCCAGAUAAAGAUGGUUUGACACCUCUCCAUUUGGCAUGCAGAGGUAUCAGCCAGGAGCUGGUGGAAACGGUCAUAGAUACUUUAAUAAAGAACGGAGCUGAUGUGGAUUUGCCAUGUAACGCGGGUAAUACAGUUGUCCAUUAUGUAGCAGCCCGCCAAGAUCUAACGAGUCAACUGGAGCUCAUUAUAAGAAACGAUAGGAGGAGACUUAACACGAAAAAUAACAUUGGUGAGACUCCACUCCACUUGGCUUGUCGAAAUCUUGACAAUAAAAGCAUUAAAUUCCUCUUGAAAGAAGGAGCAUCGUUAGAGGUCACCAAUAUAUAUGGCAGAACACCACCUGACUUAUACAUACAGAGCCUUUACCAAGACGAUGAUCGGUUGUCGACAAGAAUGGUACCACCAACUAUGAAGGAGGCAGCUAUGUCUGCAAUGGAAGUACUAAUAGAUACCCAACAGUACAAUGCAUUUGAAACUAUGAUCGAACUAAACAAGAACGUACAGUGGUUUGACGUUGAAUAUCUGAGCUGCCUGCUCUACUUUUCCAUCAGGAAGCAUAAGCGAUUCGAGAUGGUCCAGGCGCUAUUAGAAAGUGGCGCGGAUAUCAAUUUCAGAAUGGCAUUUUCGAACGAUGACAGACCAGACACCAUUCUUUCUGUGGCAGUGGACCAAUUAGCCGUCCUAGAGUUACUACUGGCAGAUGAAAAUUGCGAAGUCAAUUUCCCAGGUGAAUAUUCGAGAACUGCCCUCCAUGUAGCGGUACAGAAAAAUUUGGCACAUGAAACCGUUUUACUUCUGGAAAGGGGAGCGAAUCCUAAUGCUCUGGAUUCAUACAAUAACAACCCCCUGUGCUACACCGUGAAUAGAGAUCUCAUCAUUACAUUAUUGAAAUAUGGAGCUGACCCUUUUAUAAACCCAUCGGUGAUGAGGAAUUGUUUGAAUAUCAGUCCGUAUCAUCUGAUCUCGAGAGCUGUUAUAAAAAAUUUCAUGUCGAAUGACGAUAAAGAUUUGAAUUUACUCAAAGCGUAUUUCAAUGGCCAUGCAUACGCUCAACAAAUAAUAAAUAGCUGCGUGGAAAACAUUUCCGACUGUACACUCAGUAUAGAUAGUCUGAUUGACGAUAAAUUAUCGGAGGAAGUAACUUACGCUGACAUCCUGUUAGAAUGCUACCCUGAAGUGCACGAAGGGAAUAUUGAGAGAAUAAAAGAAAUAAUGCAGAUGGAUUAUCACAGGCAGGUGAUCGCAUGGUGCCUUGAUUUCGUGAGAACAAAAUUGAUAGUCAUAGAAAAAGCUUUACCCAUCAUGAAGCCCAUUGGAAAUUCUUCAGUUACCCUUAAAAGCUUCUUAACGGCAGACCGUGAUCAAAUAUCGAGAUAUUUGCAAUCACGUGAAGUGAUUAGAUUUCUGAUUGCCACCAACUUGACUGUAUAUACACCAAGAUACUCACAAGAAUUGAACCAGCUUAUUGAGUUGGGUAACGAGGUCUUCAUUCUCAGGAACGAGAUCUGCAGUUGUAUAAUCCGCCCUGAUAUACGUGAAUCUACAUAUCUUGGAAGAUUGCCUAUAGAAUGUAUAGAGUUCAUCCUGGAAAUGCUCAGAUGGGUGGACCUGCUGAAUUUGAAGGAAGCUUUAUCGUCGGUUUCCGAAAUAGAUUGAAAAAAGAAAAAAACUUCUAGCAACAUUGGCAAAGACUAAAAUCAUCACAAGAAAAUGCUUUCUCUUCUUUACCUCCCUCGUGAACUACAGCCUUGAAUUAUUAUUCAUAUUUUUAUUUUAAUUGAACCAUGUAUUUAGCAUUUAGUUAUUAUACUUGCUUCAGUAUUUUAGCAUAUUAUGUAAACAGAAAGAAAGCGACAAAAAUUGUCAUCAAUCCAUUUUUGUUGGCUUUUUUAUAUUAUAUUAUAAUAUAAUUUCCAUAUUUUCCAUUGUGAAUAACACAAACUACAUAAUUUCUGGUAAAAACAUUCAUAAUUAGGCAUGUUGUUUAAACAAAACUAUUAUUUUCAUAAUAUGAAAUAUUCAAUGAAAAUUUGUUUUCUCAACAUAUAUCUCAACAUUUAAUUCAAUGGACUAGAAGUGGUUGAUUGUUUCGUGGAAGAAAAUUUCACAAUUUCAAUAGAUCAAUCGAAAUUUAUAAUUUGAGCAUUGAUUUCAAUUGAAAUAGAAAUUGAUUCUAUUUUUUUAAGACAAAUAUUUUCCUUGUAGCAGUAAAUAUAAAAAUCAUGCGACAAUUUGAUCCAAGUAAAAUGUUAGAAUUUAGUAUUGUAAACAUCUCUUCUUCGGUCUUCAAUAUCCAAGUGUAAAAUUGUUCAAUUUUUACCUACUUUUCUCUAUAAAAUUUGUAGUUUUAUUAAAAAUUUUAUAUAA